AUGUGUUUAGAUGUUUUCGGAUGUUUAUGUGCUGUGGGCGAUGUUGAGAUUGUUGGAGGUGGUUGGAAAAAAAGAGAUAUCAGAGUUUUAACAAAUUAUUCGGUCACAUCAAAGAUUACUUUGUGGGGAAACUUGGGGGAGACGUUCAAUCCAGAUUUGUACAAUAAAGAUGAUGGUGAAGUUAGCUUCUCUACCACAAGUGCAAGUAAAAUUUACAUAAAUAUUCAAAUAGAUUAUGUAACAUCAUUAAUCGAAAGAUUUUCCACCAUCUCUAAUGGUGUGAAAACUAUUGCAAGUUCUAAUAUGAAUAAGACUACUCUUGAGGAAGAUAUGUUCGUGAACAGGAUGAUCAUUGAAGAACUAUUACAAGCUGAUUGGAGUGGUGAAUUGAAGGAAUAUAUUGUUACUCUGAGAGGCAAAAUUAUAGAAAUAGACAACUCAUUUGGAUGGUACAAAAUACAUAUAAAAGUCAUGGAAAAAACUGCAAACACUACUUUGGUCUUAUUUAAUGUUGUGGCUGAAAAGUUACUAGAUACAUCAGCGCACAAAUUGUUUAAUGAAUUGUCUUCAAAUAAUAAUGAUGUUCCUGCAGAGAUUCAAAACCUUUGUGGGAAAGAUUUUGUUUACAAGUUGAGGUUGAAUGACUAUAAUUUAAAAGAGGGACUUGAGAAUUUUACUGUAUCAAAGGAUCCUCAUAAUGCCAAUGAUUUAGAAGAUUUUGAUGGAGAUUAUCAAAAGAAAAAAAAGAGAAGAAACCAAAUGGUUGAUGGUCAUGAUGAAGUUGGUGGAAAUCUCCUCCAAUCACAUGGUACAACUACAAAUGAAAAUAAUAAAUCGUUACAAAAUGAUCAAAACAAUAAAAAAAAUAAAGGAAAACACAUACUUCAUACAGUUCAACAUGGACCAAUAAAAAGUGUGUGCUUCUCUUUCAAUGAAAACAUACAUGAGUCCACAUACUUCUCACUAGAUGGUGCAAGCUCAAAUAAUGCUCAUUAUACAACACCUUGGAAUUUUGGAAUCCCUUCAUACACAUGUCAAUAUUGUGGUGCCAUUUUAUGGUAUGAGGAACGGACAAAGAAAACACAAAAGGUCUCAGAUCCCAAAUUCACAUUUUGUUGUAUGGAAGGACGUGUGCAUAUACCAUUAUUGAAAGAAGCACCCCCUUUACUUAAAUUUCUCUUAGGACCAAACUCUGGACAAAAAGAGUUUAAAUUUCGAAAAAAUAUAAGAGCUUAUAACUCCAUGUUUGCAUUCACAUCAAUGGGUGGCCGAGUUGAUACGUCUAUCAAUCAAUCAGCAGGUCCUUAUAUUUUUCGGAUGAGUGGUCAGAAUUAUCAUCACAUUGGUUCUUUGUUGCCAGAAGUUGGGAAAAAACCACAGUUUGCUCAACUAUAUAUAUAUGAUACUGAAAAUGAUAUAGGAAACCAAAUGGAUACACUACUAAGACAUGGGAGGAAGACAGAGAUUGAACAUGAAAUCGUUCAUGAAUUAUCUCAAAUGUUGGAUCAGCAUAAUAAUUUGGUCAAAUCCUUUAGAAUGGCGAGGGAUAGAUUCAAAGCACAACCAGAAUCUACGUUUCGCUUACGCCUCCUAAGUAGCAGGACAACAGAUGGUCGUCAAUACAAUAUGCCAACAUCAUCUGAAGUAGCAGGCUUAAUAGUUGGUGAUUUUAGUGAAGCGAACUUCGAACGUGACGUUAUUGUGGAGCACCGAACUAAAGGAAUUCAGAGAAUCACAGAUCUGCAUCCAAGUUUCAUGUCUAUGACGUACCCAUUAAUACACCCUUAUGGUGAAGAUGAAUAUAGACUUGGCAUACCUUUGAGAGACGUAACUGAAAGCUCUUUUAAAAGGCAAAAGUUGACAAUGAGGCAACAUUAUUGCUUUUGGUUGCAACAAAGAUUAAAUGAGGGUCAUACUCUUCUUCGUUCUGGUAGACUACUGCAACAAUAUAUAGUUGAUUCUUACAUGGCAAUUGAAGAAGAAAGAUUUCGUUGGAUACGAAAUAACCAAAAUAAACUCAGAUCAGACCUUUUUUCUGGUUUAAUGGACGAUAUUCAUCAUAGUGAUUCAGAUUGCUCAAAAGUGGGGAAAUCAAUUAUUUUUCCUUCGUCACACACUGGGGGACCACGAUAUAGAGUACAAAAUUAUCAAGAUGCUAUGGCAAUUUGUAAAUGGGCAGGAUAUCCUGAUUUAUUUCUUACUUUCACUUGCAACCCAAAGUGGCAAGAAAUAAAUGAUAUGAUCCAUUUAAUAGGCCAAAAAGAUGAUAACAAUAGGGUCGAUAUCAUAUGCAGAGUAUUUGAGACAAAGCUAUUCCAACUAAUGCACGAUCUGAAAAAAGAACAACUGUUUGGAAAGAUAAUCUCAUGUAUAUACACAAUUGAGUUCCAAAAAAGAGGACUGCCUCAUGCACACAUACUACUUUUCUUGCAUUCAACAUUGAAAAAUCCUUCAGCAGACCAUAUUGAUAAUAUAAUAAGCGCGGAAAUCCCAGACUUAAAUGUUGAUCCUGAUGGUUAUAAUGCCGUCAAUAAAUUUAUGAUUCAUGGACCUUGUGGAAAACUUAAUUCAAACUCUCCAUGUAUGAUGCAAGAUAGGAAUUUGGUUGUCAAAUUUGAUGCACAUAUUAAUGUCGAGGUUUGCAAUUACUCUAGAUCAGUCAAAUACCUUUUCAAAUAUGUUCAUAAAGGGUCUGACAAAACUACUGCAACAAUGGAAUCUAUUGACACUGCCAAAGAAAUAGAUGAGAUAAAAACAUAUUUGGAUUGCAGAUAUAUCACGGCAACUGAAGCUUGCUGGAGAAUAUUCCAAUUUGACAUACAUUACAGACAGCCAACAAUUGAAAGAUUACCAUUCCAUUUACUUGGAGAGCACACAGUAAUAUUCAAAGAAAACAAAUGUGUUGAAAAUGUUGUUUGCAUGCCUGGAAUAGAAAAAACAAAGUUCACUCAAUGGUUGGAGGCAAACAAGAAUUAUGAUGAUGCACGGGAGCUAACUUAUUCAGAUUUCCCUAUAAGUUGGGUUUGGAAUUCAAAGGAGAAAACAUGGACUAGGAGAAAAAAUGGAUUGGCAAUUGGAAGAAUUUACUUCGCGCAUCCUUCGACUGGAGAACGCUUCUAUUUGAGAAUGUUGUUAAAUUUUGUCAAAGGGAGCACUUCUUAUGAAAGUAUUAGAACAAUAAAUGGGGUGACAUAUCCUAAUUUUAAAGGUGCAUGCUAUGCUUUGGGAUUGUUAGACGAUGAUAAAGAGUGGAUAGAUUGCUUGACUGAAGCUGCAAUAUGGGCAACUGGAAAAGAAUUAAGACAUCUUUUCGUCACGAUACUCAUUCACUAUCAGGUUUCUGAUGCAUCACAACUUUGGAAAUCUAAUUAUAUUGCAUUGUCAGAAGACAUAACUUCAUUGCAAAUGAAGAGAUUUAGAAUGAAUGAUCUCAAGUUAACUAAACAACAAGUUGAAGCAUACACAUUGUUCGAGAUUGAAAGUAUCAUGCUGAAAAUGGGAAAAAGUUUGAAAGAUAUAGAUGGAAUGCCCCUGCCUAAUCCAUCUUUGAUAAGAGACUCGGGAAAUAGAUUGGUUAAUGAAGAGCUUGAUUAUGACCGAGAUCAAUUAAAGAUAUUGCAUGAGAAAUCAUUUGCUGCUCUAAAUCCUUGCCAAAAAUCAGCUUAUAAAGCAAUAGUACAUUCAGUAGAGAAUGAACAAGCUUUGGAUAAGACCUUAAGAGAUAUUCUAAGAACAAGGUUUGAAAAUAGCUAUAACAAACCUUUUGGAGGACUUACAAUAGUGUGUGGUGGUGAUUUCCGACAAAUAUUACCAGUUGUCCCAAAAGGUACAAGAGCUGAUAUUGUUAAUGCUUCUCUUAACUCGUCAUAUUUGUGGCCAUUUUUCAAAAUAUAUGAGCUCAACCAAAAUAUGAGGCUAUAUAAUGGAAGCUUGACUGGUUUUGAGGCUGCUAAAAUAGCUUCUUUUGACAAAUGGAUGUUGCAGAUUUGA